GUAAUUAGGGAUUUGAGUCUGAAAAGAAAAUACGGAGUAGGAAAAAAUAACCUUUUGAGAGACAAAGGCCUCUGUCGAGAAAAUAGAAGGGGUUAUAAUGCAAAGUCAGACAACAUCCAUGAGAAUAGCCUCAUAUUCAGAUGGAAUCAAAGAUAAUAACAGCGAAACAAAGAGGCGUUUGUUUGAGGGGAUGGGAGGUCUUGGUUCGGCACUUCGGCUACUUGAGUGUCGUUAGGGAGAUCCCCAUCGGUGACUUUCAAUCAUCACAUCCAGCAAGAUCCGAGAGAUGGAGUGAGGAAAACUAAUCAGAGAUGGGUCUCCAGUUUUCCGUGCGUCAGAGCCGAGCGCCGUUCCUCCAGCGUCAGCGCGUGGCGGCCGAUGCUGCGCGGUAGCAGACCGUUCAGGGACUACGAUGCUGGACGGAGGAUGUGGGUUGCUCUCAGUUCAUCGAUUGGAGGUCCGUCCGCCAGCACUUGCGAACAGAUAUCCGACCCUAGCAAGAAGAGAGCUCGAGGAUGCUCUACAGGUCUUCAAUCCGGCGACAAUCAAACUAUCGAGGCGGUUGGAGAUAAAAAUAGGGGAAGUCAGCAGUGGAAAUUACAGGCAGUGGAGAUUACAAACAGCAUUUGUGUGUUAAAAUCGAAAGCGACGAAGGUGGGGAAGGGAGAAGGGGAGACGUUCUGGAAAUUCGAUCUAGAAAAUACGGAGUAUACAUGUGUAGUGUUAGACUGUUUGUGGAGGUGGGUAUGGGUAAAUCCAAAAAUUCUAGAAUUUGAAUACGGAGUAUGGAUAUUUGUUUUUGAAUAUAUGAAUCAAUGUAUGGUUCCUAAUUUUCUCUAAUUAAAUAAACAUUUCACAAUAAGUGAUGAGAGUGAUCCGUUUCACAACUCAUAUUUUUGACUUGAACUAACUUUAUUGGUAAAUAAAUACAAAGUUUACAAUUCCA